UUGUAGUGUAUUUCAAUUUUCAAAAGCCAGAUUUGUGUCUGAUUUAAUUCAGACAUUGGGGGUUUGAUAAGUUUUAAUUUCUGUCCUUGCAUCUUAUUGGAGAAACAGAAACCACAUAUAUAAGUUUGCCUUUCUCAAGGGUUAAAACGAGAUGGCCGCAGAAAUAGGAAAAAUUCAAGAGUCCAACUUCGACAGGAAAAAAGAAUUGAAGGCCUUUGAUGACACAAAAACAGGCGUCAAGGGGCUUGCAGAUGCUGGUUUGGCCAAUAUUCCAAGGAUAUUCGUUACUGAACAACUGAGGCAAGAGAAUAACUCCGAGCCUCGCCAUGGCUCUGACUUUUGUAUUCCAAUCAUAGACUUAACAGGCGUCGAUGAAGAUGCAAGUUUACACAGAGAGAUAAUUAACAAAGUUCGAGAUGCUUGCGAGAAGUGGGGUUUCUUUCAGGUGGUCAACCAUGGAAUUCCGUUAAACACUUUGGAUGACAUGAUCGAUGGCAUCCGCAGAUUUCAUGAACAAGACCCUGAAGUAAAGAAAGGGAUUUAUACUCGUGAUUACACCAAAAAAGUUCUCUAUAAUAGCAAUCCUGAUCUGCACCGUAAGAAAACAGCGGCUAACUGGAGGGAUUCGUUAACCUUUCACAUGGCUCCUAAGCAACCUGAUCCUGAAGAAUUGCCCGCAGUAUGCAGAGAUAUAAUCUUCGACUAUACAAACAAAGUAACGACAUUAGGUCGCACUCUGUUCAAACUGCUAUCAGAAGCUCUCGGUCUCCAUCCCACUUACUUGGAAGAGUCUGGCUGCAUGGAAGCAACUUUUUGCUUUGGCCAUUACUACCCGGCAUGCCCUGAACCAGACUUGGCUUUGGGCACUGCUAGCCAUGCUGAUAGUAGCUUCCUCACAGUUCUUUUACAAAAUCAAAUCGGUGGCCUACAAGUCCUCCAUGAAAAGCAAUGGAUCGAUAUUCCUUCCGUUCGUGGUGCUCUUGUAGUAAAUUUGGGUGAUAUGUUACAGCUCAUUUCCAAUGGUAAAUUCGUAAGCGUUUAUCAUAGGGUGCUGGCUAAAGCCAUAGGCCCGAGAGUAUCAGUGGCAUAUUUCUUUAGAAUACAUCUUCCACCAGCCAAUCCCUUAAGGGUGUAUGGGCCAAUCAAGGAGUUGCUAUCCGAAGAAAAUCCUCCGAUUUACCGGGACAUCACUAUAAAAGACUUUGUAUAUCACUACUACGGGGAAGGGCUUGAUGGUCGCAGAUCUCUUGAACAUUUCAGGUUGUGAUCAACUGAGUAUUAAGCAUGCAAGGUCGCAAUUGCAAGAUGAAUUCUACCUUUCCCAAGGCUUGUUAUAGCGUGCACUUCCAAGCAUAAAAAAUGUACUAGUAUUUACCUUUUUUUUUUUUUGGCUCAGCAGGAAAAUUUGUACUAGUAUUUGCUUACGGUGAAAUCAUGCAACUUCUUGAUGCCUUCUCCUUAUUAGAGAUUAAAAUACUCUUGGGUUCUAUCUAUCAAUGUAAACUUCAAAUUUUCAGUGUUUCUACUA